AUGGCUGCCCCCGCGAACAAGACCAUUGCCGACCUCAACGGUAAAUGGUACAUGAACAAAACCCUCUCUUCUCCCAUCGAGGCCGGGCUCGCCCUCCAGGGCGUGAGCUGGGUGGCGCGCAAGGCCGUCUCGGUCGCGAGCUUGACCCUCGUCGUCAACCAAUUCGUCGCGCCCCCGUCGCCUCCGGCCGAGCCCUCCGCUACGCCCGUCACACACAUCGUGAUCGAUCAGACCGGCACGGGCGGCAUGAAGGGCACCACUGAGAAGCGGUGCCUGGACAACGUCUACCGCGAGCACAGCGAUUGGCUCUUUGGUAACGUCCGGGGACGUACGCAGUUCCUGCCGAACGAGGAAAUCACCGAUGAGUUCCUGAAGAGCGGGUGGCUCGAGGGCGAGGAGGAGAAGACCGGUCCCAACGGCACGAGCCAUCUGAUCAGCUAUGUGGAGAACAACGAGAGGGGGUGGACCGCGACGCAGAUCUGGGGGUUCAAGAUCAUCGACGGCGUGCGGCGGUACGUGCGGAACGUGGUGAUUGCGAAGGGGAGCGAGCGCAUUGAGCUGCAGCUGGUGUACGACUUUGUCCCCGAGUAA